GACAUCAUCACCGACACCCACCGCAAUACACCUAUACCCACGCCCAACAAAUCGACAUUCACCGCACCAAUGGUGCAAGCAGAGUCCUCCAAAGCCGCCGCAGGCAAUGGCCUCAAGACGCAGCCGAACGGUGCCAACUACGAGCUGCCAUGGGUGGAAAAGUACCGUCCGGUCUUCCUCGACGACAUCGUCGGCAACACGGAAACAAUCGAGCGGCUGAAAAUUAUCGCCAAAGAUGGCAACAUGCCUCACGUCAUCAUUUCCGGCAUGCCUGGUAUCGGCAAAACGACAUCCAUUCUCUGCCUGGCGCGCCAGCUGCUGGGCGAUGCGUACAAGGAGGCUGUACUCGAGCUUAAUGCCAGUGAUGAGCGCGGAAUCGAUGUUGUGAGAAACAGAAUAAAAGGCUUUGCGCAAAAGAAGGUUACGCUUCCGGCAGGCCGGCAAAAGAUCGUCAUCCUGGACGAGGCAGACAGCAUGACCUCAGGCGCUCAACAGGCUCUCCGACGGACCAUGGAAAUCUACUCGUCUACAACCCGCUUCGCCUUCGCCUGCAACCAGUCCAAUAAGAUUAUCGAGCCACUUCAGUCUCGCUGCGCCAUCUUGCGCUAUGCCCGCCUUACUGAUGGGCAGGUGGUCAGACGGUUAAUGCAAAUCUGCGAAGCUGAGAAAGUAGAAUUCUCGGAAGAUGGCAUUGCCGCCCUCGUGUUCUCUGCGGAAGGCGAUAUGCGGCAAGCCAUAAACAACUUACAAAGUACUUAUGCGGGCUUCGGUUUCGUCAACGGCGACAAUGUCUUCAAGGUCGUUGACAGUCCGCACCCAAUCAAGGUCCAGGCUAUGAUCAAGGCCUGCUACGAGACCAAGGUCGAUACCGCGCUGGAUACGCUCAAGGAGUUGUGGGAUCUGGGAUAUUCUUGCCAUGAUAUCAUAAGCACCAUGUUCAAGGUUACGAAAACCAUCCCGACGCUUUCCGAACAUGCAAAGCUUGAGUUCAUCAAGGAAAUUGGGUUUACGCACAUGCGCAUUCUGGAGGGAGUUCAGACGUAUCUCCAACUCUCAGGUUGCGUGGCUCGGCUCUGUAAGAUCAACAUGAAGCCCAGCCUCUUCUCCAUCCCUCGCUCAUAACCCUUGGGCGCCAUAUUUAAUUUUCGAGACCUUGGGCUUUGCAUGUAGCAUGGCGUUACGGAGCAGUGAUGGAAAACAAGGAGCUUGUGUCAGAUUUUAGGUUUUCGACAUGAAUCAAGACGUCCCCGUGUGGGGCAAUAUCUACAUGUUCGUUACAGGAGCAACGGCGCCUCUUCUAGCGCGGUACGUUGUCAUGCAAGUGCUCGAAGAU